AUGCCGGCUCUCAGUUUGGAGGACGACCCGCGUAAUUUGCCGAAUGAGGACGUGAAUGAGGACGUGAACUCGGUUGUACAGAUUUCUGGCAAGGAUACUCUUGUGGAAGCUAUUAAAAAUGUCAUCUCUAUAGUACAUCAGUACCUUUUUUCUUCGUCUUCCACGUUGGACUUGGAAUCAAGCAAUGGACUUAAGGGCUCUCGUCCGAUGGAUGCAGACUACAGCACUGAUCUGAAUGACGAUAGCAAAUUGAAUGAGGCUAUGGAGCGAGCCAAGGAAGAGGCUAUGGAGCGAGCCAAGGAAGAGGCUAUGGAGCGAGCCAAGGAAGAGGCUAUGGAGCGAGCCAAGGAAGAGGCUAUGGAGCGAGCCAAGGAAGAGGCUAUGGAGCGAGCCAAGGAAGAGGCUAUGGAGCGAGCCAAGGAACGUACAGGCGAUGGUGAAAGCGACAGCAGGGACAUUAUACCGAAUGUCAUCGGAAAAGCUAACAUUCCAUCGGAUGAAGGCAUCCAGUCGAAUGCGAAUGAACGGUCAUCGGAUACUAAACUCCCAGCUAUCGGCAACUUCCUACCACCACCAGCAUCCCGCCGACCAGCUAACGAGCAUGUGCCAGAAAAUAAUGAAAACAUUGCCACCAAGAACAUGCCACCUAUAGCAGAUGACCAACCGGUCAGUGGGAAACACCCUCCGCAAGAUCGCGCCGAGUCUCCGUCCGACCGAGACCUGCCGCCACGGAGUUCGGUGAAAGGCCAGCAGGCUCGCUGGGCAGCACUGCUCAACAAUGACAUAGCCGUGUUGGACGAAGUCAAAGGGUUACGGAGAGGACACGGGCCCACAAGAGCAAGAAAGCAGCAACAGGGCGACCACCCACCAGGCUUCCGUCUUGGAGAGCCACAGUCCAACGCUACUGAGAAAGGGGGGAAGACAACACAGUCUGGGAAAACGAAGGAAGACGACGAGAAAGGCAGAAGGGAGACAGAGAAAGACAAAAGGAAGACAGAGAAAGACAAAGGGAAGGUGGAGAAAGACGAAGAGAAGGAAAGAGGGAAGACGGAGAAAGGCAGAAGGGCGACGAAGAAAGGCGAGGAGAAAGAUAGAAGAAAGACGAAGAAAGACGACGAGAAACACAGGAGAAAGACAGAGCAAGACAACGAGAAAGAAAGACGAAAAACGGAGAAAGACGACAGGAGGGCAGAGAAAGGCAAGGAGAAGGAAAGAGGGAAGACAGAGAAAGACAAGGAAAAAGACAGAAGGCCAGAGGCGGAUAGAGACAAGAGAAAAGACAGAAGGAGGACAGAGAGCAGAAAUAUGGCGAAGAGAACCCGAAAAGAUCGUCAUACUAGAAAGAGGACGGGCUCUUCAAUAAGGACCACCAGGCAAGGUUCAAGAUCAAACCGACGCAAGUGUGCUUUUCAGAAAGAUGCUAAGCAGACACAACAGAUGGAUGCAGCUAACAACAACCAACAGAACGUUGGUCAUUUCAAAGGAGAGAUAUAUGAAGACGACGGCAAACUCUCUUAUUUCAGAAAUACCAACAUAACAUCUCAAAACGGUGUUGACAGCUACAACUCAACCCAAACUGUCAACUCUUCGAGAAGACAUUCCAGGCGUCUGAUAGCAAGAAAGAGAAGAAGGCAAUGUUUCCGUAGGCGAGGAAGAAAGAGGCGUAGGCACAAUGCAUCCAAAAGUAAAGGGAGAAAAGGCCAACUGAGACAGGUAAAACACCAUCUGACGAAAACGCUAUCUAAUAAAGAAGAUGUUGUUGUUGUAACACCUGUAACUAGCCCACCUUCACAUAACAACUCUACCACCCGUAAACAGGCCGUUUUCGGAACCGUCAACAACAGCCACAAAGAGAGUGUGUCCCCAAAAGUGCCGCUUGAUAGUUGCCCCGAAAACCGCACCACGAAUUCUCCCAACUUGCCCUUGAACGUGAGAUCGGUCUGCCCGUGGUCGUACUACAUAGACCACGACCCCGACCGAUUCCCCUACGACAUUCUCCAGGCCAGGUGCCGAUGCACUGCGUGUCUGGACACGACAACCGGCCGACAGAACUACAACUACGUCUGCGUUCCUGUGACGAUACAGAAGUUGGUCUCCAGGAGGAAAAAGAAGAAGUCCGGACGAGGAUACAGAUACAGGAACGAGUGGGUGGACGUGGCGGUCGGCUGUACGUGUGUUAAUCCGCGGUAUUCUCCCUAGUCACACUCAAGCUAUAGCUUAACGUUA